CGCUGUGGAACACCAGGGCUGGAGAUUCUCAUCUGGGUCAAUUAAAAAAAAGAAAGCAGCAUGCAAGACGACAACAUAGAAGCUUCCACUUCCAUAUCCCAGCUUCUAAGGGAAAGCUAUUUAGCUGAAACCAGGCAUCAGGGAAACAUCGAGAGAAGUCGGGCAGAGUCUACCCCCAAUCCUUUCCAUUUUGGGAGUCUUGCUGGAGCUGCUGGAGGAGGAGGGGGUCAAGAUGACCUUCCAGAUCUUUCUGCCUUCCUGAGUCAAGAAGAAUUAGAUGAAAGUGUCAAUCUGGCAAGACUAGCCAUCAAUCAAGAUUCUGUGGAUAGCAAACCUGAUGAUUCCCAAUCUAGAAAACAUAUUUCUUCUGAUCAGGCGAAAAAUUCAAGUAAAUCAAGUUCUGAUCCUAACUUCUACCAGUAUCGCCCUGAGACUCAAGCCAACUCCAAAGAAAGCACUCAAGAGACAAAGAAACCGCAGUACAGUUCAGAAACCCAGUCUAAAAAGGUGUUCCUAAACAAGGCUGCUGAUUUCAUUGAAGAGCUAUCUUCUCUGUUCAAAGCCCACAGCUCCAAAAGAAUCAGACCGCGCGCCUGCAAAAACCACAAAAACAAGUUGGAUUCUCAAAGUAAAGUCCCACAGGAAAACAGUACCAGUUUUUCUGGUCAGUCCGAAAGACGGGAAAGAUCUUCUAUUCCCAUCCCCAUUCCUCAGGACACCCAAGAUAAUGAAGUGAAUCAUGCCCUUGAACAGCAGGAGGCUGAGAGACUUCAGGAAAUUGAGCGAAUUACCAGUGAAACAACCAGUACCGAUGUCACCCCGGAUUCAUCGCCUUCAUCUUUGUACUAUGAAGAGCCUCUGGGACAACCACCACGGUUUACUCAGAAGCUACGGAGCAGAGAAGUUCCAGAAGGAACUAGAGUGCAGUUGGACUGUAUAGUAGUAGGAAUUCCACCACCUCAAGUAAGGUGGUACUGUGAAGGGAAGGAACUGGAAAACUCACCUGACGUUCAAAUCACCCAGGCGGGAAACGUGCACUCAUUGACCAUCACUGAAGCCUUUGAGGAUGACACAGGGCGUUAUUCGUGUUUUGCUUCCAAUAUCUAUGGGACAGAUUCAACUUCUGCAGAAAUUUAUAUAGAAGGCGCUUCAUCGUCUGACUCUGACGGGGAUGUUAAAAAGGAAGAUAUGAAUCGGGUCCAGAAGCCAGAAGAGGUGUCAUCACCUCCUACUAAUUCUGCAGUCCCCCUGAAGGAAGGAGCAGAAGCACAGCCUAGAGUGGUCCGGCCUCAUCUAUCUAUUAUUCAGCAGUGUCAGAGCCCCACAAACUACUUACAAGGACUGGAUGGAAAGCCUAUAAUAGCAGCUCCUGUGUUCACAAAGAUGCUGCAAGAUUUAUCAGCCUCUGAGGGUCAACUAGUUGUUUUUGAAUGCAGAGUUAAAGGAGCACCAUCCCCCAAAGUGGAGUGGUACAGAGAGGGGACAUUGAUAGAGGAUUCUCCAGAUUUUCGAAUUUUACAGAAAAAACCACGAUCCAUGGCUGAACCAGAGGAAAUUUGUACACUGGUCAUUGCAGAAGUAUUCUCCGAAGAUUCUGGGAAUUUCACUUGUACGGCAAGCAACAAGUACGGCACAGUGUCAAGCAUUGCCCAGCUGACUGUGAGAGGGACUGAGGACCAUAGCAAUAAUAUGGCUCCCCACAGAGCCAAUUCCACGGGCAACUCAACUGUUGUCGAAAACCAACCAUCCCCACCUAAGCCAGAGCCCCGUUCCGUGGAACAACCCCCCAAACCCAAACUUGAAGGAGUUCUGGUGAAUCACAAUGAGCCCCGAUCCAGCUCCAGGAUUGGUCUUCGAGUACACUUCAAUUUACCAGACGAUGACAAAGCAAGUGAAGCAUCCACCGAAGACGGAGCCGUGAUUGCUGACCAGAUCCCUGCUGACCUUUUACAGGAUCGGUUCAAUGGGCAAAUAGCAAGGAUACCCGAACCUUCUUCACCUGUCAAAGAGCCGCCUCCUGUACUAGCUAAACCAAAACUGGAUUCCAGUCAAUUGCAACAGCUUCACAACCAAGUUUUAUUGGAACAACAGCAGCUGCAGUUUCCAUCUUGUUCAUCUCCAAAAGAGUUUCCUCUGAACGUAAGCAUGACAAACUCCACGGCUCCCCCGCCAGUGGCAGCCACCAGCAAACAGAUGAAGGCCCCUCGGGCACAGACAUUCACUUUCACUCGGCCUAAGCAGUUUUUCGUGUCUCACAAUACGAUGCUGGCUACCGCAUCCCCUUCUAGUUCUCCGGGGACCACCUUCGGCCACACAGCCCAAGUGAUGCAGAGGACAGCGAGUAAGGAAAGCCUUCUGGGCUCGAAUUCCUUGGCGCCAACGAGAUCUCUAGGGACCUUUUCCAAUCAGAAUGAACAACCUUUUAGCAGUCCAGCAGAAUCCGCCCAGCCGCCACUCACAUUCUCUGUCUCCAGUGGGAACCAAUUUCAGCCCCGUUGUGUGUCCCCCACUACUACCGUCUCUCCUACGGGCCGGAUUCAAAACCCGGUGGCUUUUCUCAGUGCGGUCCUCCCUUCCCUGCCCGCCGUCCCGCCCACCAACGCCAUGGGCCUGCCCAGGAGCGCCCCGUCUGUGUCACCCCAGGGAGUGAUAAAGAAAAAUCUAAAGUCUCCUCAGCCAGUGACAGAUGACCAUAUUCGUGAAAAUAAGGCUGCAGUGAUUCAGGACUUGGAAAAAAAAAUGCAUUUCAGUGACAUCCGAGCAUCCCAGCAGGAAUACAAGAUUUCAAGCUUUGAGCAAAGGCUAAUGAAUGAAAUAGAGUUCCGUUUGGAACGUACCCCUGUGGAUGAAUCUGAUGAUGAAAUCCAGCAUGAUGAGAUCCCGACAGGCAAAUGCAUUGCCCCUAUCUUUGACAAGAGACUCAAACACUUCCGGGUGACAGAAGGCUCUCCAGUGACAUUCACCUGCAAAAUUGUUGGAAUACCUGUUCCAAAGGUUUAUUGGUUCAAGGAUGGAAAACAAAUUUCUAAAAAAAAUGAACAUUGCAAGAUGAAGAGAGAGGGGGAUGGGACGUGUUCUCUACACAUUGACUCAACCACCAGCGAUGACGAUGGCAACUACACAAUCAUGGCCGCUAACCCACAGGGGAGAAUCAGCUGUUCUGGCCACUUGAUGGUACAGACUUUGCCCCUGCGUGGUCGACUUACACCAACUCAUUCUCACAGGGGGAGAGCCCGGAUGCAAGAAGCAGAUAAGGAGCCUUUACAGGAACGAUUUUUCAGGCCUCAUUUCCUUCAGGCUCCUGGUGACAUGGUUGCUCACGAGGGCCGGCUCUGUAGACUGGACUGUAAGGUGAGUGGCUUGCCACCCCCAGAACUGAUGUGGUUGCUCAAUGGCCAACCUGUACUGCCAGACAGCACCCACAAGAUGUUGAUUAGAGAGACUGGAGUCCACUCUCUGCUUAUUGACCCUCUUACCCAGAAGGAUGCCGGGACCUACACAUGUGUCGCUACCAACAAAACAGGACAGAAUUCAUUCAGUCUAGAGCUCACGGUAGUAGCCAAAGAAGUGAAGAAAGCACCCAUGUUCCUAGAGAAACUACAAAACAGUGGUGUGCCUGAAGGCCAUCCUGUUCGACUAGAGUGCCGUGUGGUGGGCAUGCCGCCCCCUGUAUUCUACUGGAAGAAAGACAAUGAGACCAUCCCUUUUACCAGAGAAAGAAUCAGCAUGCACCAAGAUACAACAGGUUAUGUCUGCCUCCUCAUCCAGCCAGCCAAGAAAGCAGAUGCCGGAUGGUACACAUUGUCUGCCAAGAAUGAAGCUGGCAUUGUGUCAUGUACUGCAAGACUGGAUAUCUACGCCCAGUGGCACCAGCAGAUUCCACAGCCCAUGUCAGUACGACCCAUUGGCAGCCGCUACGGAUCCCUCACCAGCAAAGGACUUGACAUUUUUUCGGCCUUCUCAUCUAUGGAAAGUACGAUGAUGUUUUCGUGCUCUUCUCAGAGCAUGGUGGAAAGUGAAGAACUUUAAAAACCUUAGGG